UGUAUUGGCCCUUUUAUUAAGGACAUCUUGCCAUCUGUUACUUGGUACAACUACCUGGUCUACACAGGUUUUCCCUUUCAGAGAGUUCUGCAAAGAUCUGUGUUCGGGUGCGUCUCCGUCACUGAAGCGCCCGAUUUGCGACGUACUUUGUACCCCUCUAUCUACAACCCCUAUCUUCUGGAAAUCCACAGUAAUACACUUCCCUCCUUUUUCCCUAAAAAUCCAUCCCUUCCAGCCCUCUCGGGCUCUCUUCUCCGCCAGCUCUCGGAGCGAGUACACGUCCUAUCGCCCUAUCACGCCAAACUGUUGCGCCAUAGUAAUUCACUUCCGUGUAAGAUCGCUGCUUCUUAAAGUUUUCCUCGCUACGCGAAUCCCCACGGAUUCCCCUUCAAAUCGCCAUACGAUCUUCACCUCCGCGUGCGUCCCAUUUCACGACCGCAUGGUCCCCAAACCUCUCAUCGCUAUUUUCCCUUAAUAUAUCAUCUCCUUCUUCCAUCUACCAUCAUUAUAAUCCCGCGAACGAGUCACCCUUUCAUUCUCCCCCGAAGACUCCAUCUACUACCUGGAUUGCAUCGUCUCAUUCUCAUCGCCACUGGAUUGAUCAUCCAUCAUCAUCAUCCUCAACGACGCUGCAGGAACCAGGUCGGUAUACCGGCCUAAUCAUCGCCGAACAACGCACGAUAUCGCAUUCAGGAGACAUUCACCGCUUUCCGGUCUUCAUCGCCUUCAGAGGGAUUCAUCGCCUUUAGACCGUCAUCGCCUAAACAUCUCCAAUACGAUCAUCGGCCAUCUUGUAAGCCAUAGAAAUUUCAUUAAACAGUGAGUCUUCAAUUACUCCUUUCGUUCAUUAUUUAUUCCUUCAUCUAACCAUUCCUAAACUAACAUCCCUUAUUCAAUCAGGAAUCUUCCAUUCCCGUUAGUGCCGAAACAAUCUUCUUAUUAACUUCAACUCCUCUCUCCUGGUGGUGUUCGUCGGCGCCAUUUUGAUUUUGGCUGCUGGCGAACAAUCUGAAUAAAUGUUAUUGAGAAGGCGCUGGGUCCGGAGCAUCGUGCAACAUCCCAACCGAUGGGAGAGUAUCGCAUUGUGAUACAAGACCAUUCCUUUCCGAUUAAUCAAUUCUGGACGUUUUGUGUUAAUUAUACGAGUCAGUCGGGUUAACUGUGAGAAAUAGACAACUGAGUUGUUCUGCUUGGCGGUAGCACCUAGUAGUGAACAACACCUUUAAAAUCCUACCUCAUAGAAAGCAUUAUUUCAUUUACGUCUGCAUUCGAGGAAGUUUUCGGCGGUUUCGCCCUGGUCCUUAUUAUUUCUUUCCAAUCACGUUAUUGCAGAGGACGGAUUUUUAUAUCUAGUAUUAGUACUUUAUAAGUGGGUAAUGGACAUGGAGUUAACGUAUACAGCACCAAAACAUUAUCCCUGACCAGAACGAUCUGAAGCUACUAAGCUACUUACUUUUCUCCUUCAUCCUCUACGAGUCAUGUUCUUCGUUCGUUAUUUCAAUACACAUAUUUGUAUACGUGUGAUUGUGAACUUUUUACUUUUAAUCACUUUAUAGUCAAUUUGUGUGGGUUCGAUUCAAUCCUUAUUUCCUUCGAUAAACCCGAACAAAAUGUACUCCAGUUUCAAUGAAAAACAGCUGACAAAGGCAUUCGGGCCAUUUUGUCAAUUUAAAAUUUAUACUUUUAAAAAAAGUCUUUCUACGGGAUAGAAACGGACUUAUGAAGUUCCUGAUUUUCAUGUUCGCAUUAUGUUUGGUCCGAGCAAAGUUUACCACAAAGAAUUAUUGCUGUCUCUCCUGCAAAGAAAAACACGUCAUGUGUCAAUAUCCAGAUAAGAAUAAAAUCGGGCCGAAGUGUAAUCAAUUCAUGUCUGUGAAUAUGGAUCCGGCAAAAGUGCUCUACUUGUGUAACAGGAUAAAAAGUGUGAAGGGUGUUUUUGCUGGAGCGAGUGAUUUGAUGGAAAUGUCUUGGGACAUCGAGUUGCAAGAGAUGGCACAGAGGUGGGCGAAUCAAUGCCCGAACGCCUCAGACUCUUGCAGGAAUACAGCGAGAGGUGAGGUGAACCAAAUUGUCGAUUCUGUGAUCAACGAGGAGUUCGUCCUUCCGACGUGGGAGUCGGUCUUUCUGAAAUGGUACAUCGAGGAUAUCCCGUCAUCAGUGAUUAACGAAUACGCCGACGGACGGUACAGGGCCCUGUCCCAGUUGAUAUGGGGUGAAACCCGGUGGGUCGGAUGUGGCGCCAGUUCGCAUAUCAUAGAGGUAGGAAGGGUUAUCACGUUGGUUUGCAAUUAUUCACCCCCUGGUAACGUCCCGUCACAACCCGUUUUCAACAUAAAGGGAGGAAUGUGUACGAACUGCCCAAAAGGGAGUUUCUGCAGCGACAAACAGAACGUCAAUUUGUGCGUACCUCUUGGUGUUCCCAAGAUCGCAAUAAACAAUAUACUUUUAUUCAUUGCAAAUAUACUGAUAUUUCUAUCAGUCUAAAUAUAA